AAUAAUUUUUUUUUAAUUUUUUGCAUUUCCCCUUCCCCUUUCCCUUCUGCCCUCCAUAAUCACCAGAGUUGCUUCCACCAUCCCCACCACCAUCCCCUUUCCCUGCUUCCACAAUCGCGACCACCACCAUCACCGCCCAGACCCCCUUCCCCUCCCCCGGUGCCGGCGCUGCAGCUAAACCCAGACCCCAGAACCAUCAUUGCCACCAAACCAGACCCCAGCCAACCCAGGAACCACCGCCACCAAAUCAGACUCUGGAACCACCGCCACCAAACCAGACAGCCAACCCCAAAACCCCCUUCGAAAAAUCAAAAGCCCACCAAACCAGACCCCGUGAAACUGGUUGGCAUUCGCUCUCUCUCCUCCCUGUAGAACUCCAAUUCCUUUUUCUCUCUCCUCUAAAGCAACUCAUCCAUGGCUAACAGUUUUUUGCUCCGAAGAAUCCCAAGGUCGGAUAUUAAUUGCAUAAUUGGUAGUGAUUUGCAGGUGCUUCGUAAUUUUUACUAGUUCACAACAACUAACAACUUCUAACUAUAAUGAACAAACAUGCGCUGCUUCAACAGACAGUUUUCUCUCUCCAGUCAGCCUCUGCAUCCUCUUCCUCUCCCACCUCGAGGGGAAAUUCACUUGUGGUAUGUCAUUCCUGAUGAAAUAAAGAGUUCAUCACUCUUGAAGCAGUAUCUGGAUAUCCUUUCCCCUUCUGAAAAAAAAAGUGUUCUUAGCUUCCGAGAAGACGAGGUCAGGAAGAAAGCCCUCUUAGCUCGUGCUCUGGUUCGCACUACCAUUGCUAGAUAUCAGACAAAUUCUUUUGUUGACCCGAGAUCUUUGAAGUUUAAGAAAAACACCUAUGGAAAACCCGAGGUUGAUUGGCAAGAUGUACCUGAUAUAAGUUGGCCACCAUUGCAUUUUAAUUUGUCACACACCUCAUCCUUGAUUGCCUGUGGAAUUACAACCUAUUCUCCUAUUGGAAUUGAUGUUGAAGAUAAGAAUAGAACAACAAAAAAUGAUGUCAUAUCAUUUGCUCGUCGCUUCUUCUCUCCCUGUGAAGUUGAUCACUUGGCCAAUAUUUCAGAACCGGAAUUACAACGCCAGGAAUUUAUAAAAUUAUGGACACUCAAGGAAGCUUAUGUAAAAGCAAUAGGAAGGGGCUUUUCGGCUACUCCAUUUAAGACCUUCAGGAUUCACUUGAAAGCUUCUUCAAAAAAUAUGUCUAAUAUUUCAGAAACUGCUGCUCUUAAGGAAUAUGAUAUUGCUGUUGAAUCAUCUCAGUUUCAAACUGGGGAAUGGCAGUUGGCCCUUCUUGACUUGGCUGAUACUCAUUAUGCUGCUAUUUGCACACAGAAUGAUAAAUUCAGUAAAGAAAAUCUAUCACCAAUGGCUUUGAGAGUGUGGAAAACGGUUCCUUUUUUGGAAGAUAUGUGCACGUCUGGGACUCAUUCCGUUAUCACUGUUGGUGGGCUUGUCAAGCAGCUCUGAUUGUUCAAUUUUUCUGAUGAUAAGUACAAAUAUGGUGAAAUUAGUUAUUCGACAGAACAAUGAACACAAGAAGAGAGCUAAAUCGAGAAUCAAGAAAGGGAUUGCUGAUAGUACAUAUUAACAGUGGAUCUGAUAAUUGGGCAGAAGCUAAAAUCAAAUUAUAUAUUUUUGGGUGUUCAAGAGGUUCUUACUUUGUACUUCGUAUUAUUUUGUUCAAUUUAUUUGUAUAACCCUCCAACAUUAUGCAGAAAACUUAUUUUGGUAUUACAGUAUUUUUCAUUAUUAUCAACAGUUCACAUUGUGGCAGUUGGGAUAUGCCCAUCUGUUCAAAUAUAUUCAAUUUUCGCUUUGUUUACUGUGUGUUGGUAUA